GUGUCUCUGUGGUCUAUGCGCACUUAGCAUUGUGGGACAGUGUCACGCUUGUUUGUUUCCUUUAUGUGCAAAUUUUAAAUUGCAGAGAAAGGGAAGCGGAGAGUCUAUAGGAAUGGCCGGGGACAAUGUUGAUGAUUUCUUGAAGCAGAACAGAGAUUCAGCAGAUUUAGUUGAGAAAUUUCAGUCCAUCUCUGAGAGCGAUAAACAAUGGAAAUCCCGGAGAGAAUUCAUCUUGAGAAAUCUUUCAGAAUUUGAGGACACAAACAUUGACCAUCUCCUGUCUUUGUCUAUGGUUUGGGCGAACCAUGUUUUUCUGGGGUGUCGUUACAGCCAAGACCUCAUGGAAAAAGUGAAGGAAAUGGCAGAAGAUAUUGAAGUUGAAGAUGCACCCGUGUUUAAAACACGAGAUGAGAUCAUGAAGCAGCGUUCAUAAAUCCCAGAAUACAAUCCAUUGAAAAGAAGAUUAUCUGCAGCACAGUGAGGACCAUAUCUGAGUUGGGGGCUGCAUUGGAUCGUCUGUUAUGGAUUAUUUAUUUGCAGGCUUGUAAAAAUAAGAACAUGUAUUUUUAAGGAGUUUUUAAAAUGUAUUAGGAAUGAAUCGGAUAGAAUUGAACAUCAUAAGAUCAGUCUUGUCAGUAAUAUUUUAGAUUAGACAUUGUACGAAUGGUUACUAUUUGGAAUAGUGUUAAUAAAAAAAAUUCUAACAAUUUAGGUCUUUUUUUUUAACAAUGUAAACAAUUUUAAGGAUAUUUUAAGAGAAUUUAACAGCAUCAAAUUUUAAUUACUGUUCUAAAUAAAGCACUAUUAAAAAAAAAAAAA